CGCUCUCAGCUAUGAGUUUUGCACUUCUGCGGCACUUGCUGUUGCAGAGCUAUCCACAACGUUCGCUAUGGCUCCUCUUGAAUUCGACUCGACCAUAAUCCUCUCUCUCGCCUUCCUGGUGUCCUGCCUCGUCGUCGUCAUAAGCUUCUGGUCAGGCCGCAAGGAUGGCCUCCCGCCGUCGCCUCGGUCGCUGCCCAUCAUCGGCAACCUGCACCAGCUCCGCGGCGGCCACCACCACCGGACGCUGGAGGUUCUCGCGCAGCGCCACGGCCCCCUCUUCUACCUCCGCCUCGGCUCCGUGCCGGCAAUCGUGGUCUCCUCGGCGUCCGUGGCAGAGGCCGUGUUCAAGACCCAGGACCACGUCUUCUGCAGCCGGCCACCGCACUACACCGCCCUCGGCACGCUCUAUGGCUGCCGGGACAUCGCCUUCAGCCCCUACGGCGACCAGUGGCGCCAGUCACGGCGCAUCGCCGUCGUGCACCUCCUCAGCACCAAGCGAGUCGACUCCUUCCGCGCGCUACGGCUGCAGGAAGUCGCGGGGUUCGUGCAGCAGAUCAAUGCCGCGUGUGGCGCCGGGGAGGACAGAGGAGUCGUCAACGUGAGCGAGCUCACCGUCAACCUAACCAACACCGUGGUAUCGAAGGCGGCCUUCGGAAGCAAGCUCGGCGGCGUGGAGCCGGUGAUAAUCCGCGACAUGAUGAAGGAGCUCACUGAGGUGCUCGAUUUAUUCGCCGUGAGUGACCUGUUCCCGCGACUGCGGUGGUUGGACUGGGCCACGGGGCUCGACGCAAGGGUGAAGAAGACGGCGGCUAAGCUCGACGGUAUUCUCGAAGGCGCGAUCACAGAGCACGAGAGCAGCCUAGGAGACGGCGACGGUGAGGUUCGAGACCUCAUGGACGACUUGCUGUCGAUCCUCAAAGAUGGCGAUCGGGGGUUCAAGCUGGACCGGAUUGACAUCAAGGCACUCAUUUUGGACAUGUUCCUAGCAGGCGUCGACACGACCUACAAGACGAUAGAAUGGACGAUGGCCCAGCUUGUUAAGAAUCCAAGAGAACUGGCGAAAGUGCAAUCGGAGGUGAGACAGAUUGUUGCCGGUACAGAUGAAGAAGUCAUUGAAGUGGACGUGGAGAAGAUGAGCCUCCUACACGCCGCCAUUAGAGAAGGAUUGCGGCUAACGCCUACAAUCAUCGAACGUGAAACGAUCCAGGACACCCGGCUACUUGGCUAUCAUAUUCCAGCAAAGACUAGAGUCCUGAUCAAUGCGUGGGCGAUCGGCAGGGAUGCUGAGUUGUGGGAGAAUGCCGAGGAGUUCCGUCCGGAGAGGUUCCUAGGCAAGGCCAUCGACUACACCGGCAAGGACACCAAGUUCAUACCGUUCGGCGCAGGGAGGAGGGGAUGCCCUGGCGUCGGCUUUGCGAUGCGCCUCGUGGAACUUACGCUGGCCAACAUGAUGUACCAUUUCGAUUGGGAGCUGCCAGACGGGCAAGAUCUAGAGUCAUUUCAGGUCAUCGAGGCUGAUGGGUUGUCACUUGGCCUUGAGUCUGCCUUGCUCCUUGGUGUAAAACCUUGUAAGAAGUCAAGGACCGUUGUGGAGUAGUUGUUAAUUAAUUCUCCUAUAUAUAAUCAUAUUAUUAGGUAUAUGCAAGAAACAAUGAGACAAGAAUAUCUUCCCAAGUUCUUGAAGGACUUGUGUCAUUGUGUGGUGAUAGUGACUUUCAUUGGGAAAGCAUACCUGCCGUAGGGAGAACCAGAGGGAUUUUGGUGUGUGUCAAUAAACAAACUUGUGGUGUUUUGGACUGUA